GUUCAGUACACCUUCCGAGCAGCCCUGAACCGGCCUCCUGUAGUUUUUAUCUUGCAACAAUCCAAGAGGGGCCUCGCAAGGCUGCUCAAUCCCGCCAAGAUGUCCACCAUCGCAUCCCCCCGCGAACCUCCAGCCCUUACCCGCCGCGUCUCGGCGCAACCACACACCCCGACAUCCUCAACCAGACCCUCCCUCGACACCCCCCGCUCCCUCACAAGCUCUCCCAACCCAGGCUCCUCCGCCACCUUCGGCAACGGCGGGCCGGCGCCGGCAGGAGGACCCUCAAAGCGCGCGAACCGGGCCGCCCUCCGCGAGUACUACAACCUCAGAAAGGCUGCCGCGGCCGGCAGCGGCACGCCCCCUUCGCUGGAAGUCACUGAAGAUAACGAACGCGCUGAGCACUCUGAGGUACCGCCCAGCGAGCUUGAUAGCCCGUCCUUUGACGCCGAGGCGUACGUGCGCAAGGCGCUGGCGGAGAACACGCUCGACGACCUGCUGCGAGUGUACACUCGCGUGCUGGGUGAGAUACGGGCACUGGACGCGGAGAAAAAGGCGCUGGUGUAUGACAACUACUCGAAACUUAUAUCCGCGACGGAGACGAUUCGCAAGAUGCGUGCAAACAUGGACCCCGUGAACCCCAUGGCCUCGACCCUCGACCCCGCGAUCGCGGGAAUCUACGCCCAGGCGAGCUCGAUCCGUGAGGCGCUACGCAAGACGGUCGCGCCGCCCAAGUCCAAGGAGCGCGAAGACGAGGCCGCAGCUGCGCGGAGGCGGAGGACGCGGGAGCUCGCGAGGGAGGUACUGGGGACGCCCGAGAAGCUGCGGAGGCUGGUCAAAGAGGGGAAAGUCGAAGAGGCGAGGAGGGCAUGGGAGAUGCCGCGGCGGCUGCUGGAGGUUUGGAGGGAGAAGGGGGUCGGCGGGAAAGACGUGGCAGAGUGCCUGGAAGAGGGGGAUGCGGCGCUGAGAGGUGGCUCUGGGCAGAGCAGCGUGAGGGUGUCCAAGGACAGCGGCAGAUCAUGA